AUGGAGAAGUUGCUUGCACGCUACGGUGUCACUCAUUGUUUGUCUACCGCAUAUCAUCCACAAACAAGUGGACAAGUAGAGAAUGUGAAUCGCGAGUUAGAGCAUAGAGCGCUGUGGGCAUUAAAAACCGUUAAUUUAGACAUGACCGAAGCCGCUAGGAAGCGUUUCUUUCAAAUUCAUGAGCUUGAGAAGCUUAGGGAUACAACAUAUGCUCGAUCGUUGGGAAUCAAGGAGAAAACGAAGUUGUUACAUGAUAGAAGGUUGAGGCAAGUGAAGGAGUUUAGCAAAGGCGACAAAGUGCUUCUUUACAACUCAAGAUUGAAGCUUUUUGCAGAAACAUGUCAGGUGAAGGCUAAUCGGUUAACCCAAGGAAAAGGAAAAUCCAAUAUCGUGGAAACGAUAGGGAAGUUUACUCUCGAGUUGAGAGGAUAG